GGUGGCGGAUGCGACUCGCCAUUAAAUAAAAUCACUGCUAUUGGCCUUUGCUGAGGCAGGUACUUCAAGGGUGCGUUGGACCCCUGGUACUUCACGGACCGAAAGGCGCAUGAACCGUCUAUUUGGUCACCAGGUCCCAACGGAUUGCGACGCCCUCACAUCACCCUGCUGCUUUGUAAGUUAGAUCUUUGAUCAUAGGCUCGGGGUAGGGCCCCCUAAGACAACCCUCUACUUCGGCCUGGGCAACCGGGUAGUAUCACGCCCACUGACGAAUCAUGGACCACACUGCUUUCUACUGCCCCUGCUAUGUUUAUCUUCUAUGCCAACGCAACUGCUCAACCUCCACUCACAGAUCACCCCACCUCCUUUCCUUCACCUAUAUGUACUUUUAUGUCUUCUUCAGUCACUGUCACAAACAACCAACGUCUCGCAAAUGAUGGAAGUAACAGCCAAACUCCUGGUUUUCAAUGUCCUGCGAUUGCAACCACCUCUCACUCCACCGAAGCUCCAGCUCUUCUUCGACCUGGUUCUCCAUUCAUCCUUGCAGCGUUUGCUGUUCGAACUUUGAUGCAGAUAGGAAGAAAAAGCAUGUCCGCGCCGUACUCUUGAAACGCUCUCGGUAGACAUCUGUUGCCUUUCAGAGACCAGAUUACAAGACUCCAGUGCUGUCAUCAGAAUGAUCUCUCCGGUAAAGCCUGACGCCAAAUAUCAC